AUGGACCUCACCAUGCAGCCGACACUUGUCUUCAUAUCCUUAGCAGCUGUGGGCAGCGGUACAAUGAUCUAUCCGAAGAUUGCGCCCUCACCCGUGACGUUUCUCUGUGCCGUUGGCAUUCCCGUCGGGGACCUGCCCUAUGAGACCGUCGUCUCUGGCUACGCGUUACGGAUGCAGUACUUCCUGCCCAACAAUGCGUCAGAGACUACAAGCAUUUAUCUGAAGCCACAACCGAUUACGGACAGAAGAAACAACAAAAACGAAUUGGCUUCAAUAUAUCGUUGGAUAUUAUAUAAUGGCAUUGAGAUGAUUCUAGAGAACAUGAAUCUGCCUGGACACAGCUGUCUGUUACGAUUGAUCUGCGACCACGCGGCGCUGCCAUUAAGCCAUGAGAGUGGCUUACUGGGUGAGGUUUUGCACAUAAUAUUAACUCCCUCGAGUUCAAAGGAUCAGCUGAGCAGACGCAAAGAUCACAGCUAUCUAGCAGCAGAGCGUUUGGGUAGACGUGGCAGCAACUGCGCAGCUGUCUUUGGCAAAAAAUGUAAAAGUUCGCCCCUAGAUUUAAUUACUGUAUUAUUAUAA